AUGGCAAAUAAUGAGAAAUUUGAGGAGGUCAUUAUUAUCGAUUCAGAUGAUGACGACUUGGAGGUGACGCAUUAUGCAACUCCGACAGCUAGCAACAGGUUCUCCGGUGUGAAACACGGGGCUAAUACACCGAUUAAAUCAGAGCAGUCGCGCACUCUUCUUUCCGGGUCAUCAAGCGCUGUAAAGAUCCAACCUGUGGAUAGCGACGAGGAGGACGCCAACGAUGGCGAGCUAGCGUACAAGAAAUUCAAAGAGCGCAAAUCACUCAAGCGCAAACAAACUGCUGCAGCAACCCGCAAAGCCAAAAUACCAAGGGGGGAUCCAAUUGUUGGCCGUAUAAAAAAAGAGAAACCAACAGCUCGGCCUAAGCGGCCGUUGAAACAAUGGGGCGAGCUAUCCUCGGAAGACGAGUUGAUGGAAAAUACCUUGCCUGGAUAUCUUAAGACGCGCCGCAGUCAAUUCGACCGGAGGUAUGAACAUCUGAAAGAUCAUGGACUGAAGCUACCACCUACCUAUGAGAAUGUGGAUUUCUCAGACGAUGAACGACUUGAAGAACUUCAGGAACGACCUGUCUUCCCGGUAAAUACCCGAAAGCAGGAGUAUAAGGAUAUCGAACUUCCAUAUUCCAUGGGUAUUAUCCCUGCACCGGUCGCCCAGUGGUUGCGGCAGUAUCAAGUGGAGGGAGUGGCGUUUCUCCACGAGCUGUUUGUAUACCAAAAGGGUGGUGUCCUGGGAGACGAUAUGGGUCUCGGGAAAACCAUUCAGGUAAUUGCUUUCUUGACCGCUGUCUAUGGAAAGACAGGGGAUGAACGUGAUGCAAAGCGCAUGCGAAAGAUGCGCCGAUCUGAUGAUAGCACUUGGUACCCACGCACGCUUAUCGUGUGCCCCGGAACCCUUAUUUCAAACUGGAGGGCGGAGUUUGCGCGCUGGGGGUGGUGGCAUGUUGAAAGCUAUCACGGGGAGAAUAAGGACCUUGCCCUCGAUGCGGCAAAGUCGGGGAGGGUGGAAAUCCUGAUUACAACCUACACCACUUACAUGAACAACAAAGACGCUGUCAAUAUGAUAGAAUGGGACUGUGUGAUUGCAGACGAGUGCCACAAGAUCAAGGAGCGCAAGUCCGGGACCACCCAGUCUAUGAACGAGAUCAAUGCGUUGUGUCGGAUAGGGCUCACGGGCACGGCCAUCCAGAACAAAUAUGAAGAACUAUGGACCCUUCUCAACUGGACGAACCCCGGUGUUCUGGGUCCGGUAUCCACAUGGAGGGCGCAAAUAUCAGAGCCAUUGAAGAUUGGACAAUCGCACGAUGCCACCCUGAGCGAGCUCAGUAGAGCACGGAGAACAGCUAAGAAGCUGGUUGAGAACCUACUUCCACAAUUUUUCAUCAGGAGAAUGAAGUCCUUGAUCGCGGAUCAGCUGCCCAAAAAGAUCGACCGGGUUGUCUUCUGUCCCCUGACUGAGACACAGGCCGAGGCCUACGAGAAUUUCCUUGACAGUGAUAUCGUCGAUUAUAUCAAGACAUCUACAGAACCAUGCGAGUGUGGAUCGAACAGGAAGUCCGGCUGGUGUUGUCGUCGCCUUAUUCCCGGUAGAGACCCUCCAACUUGGCAGUCAUAUGUGUUUCCUGCUAUUAAUGUGCUUCAAAAGCUCAGCAAUCAUCUGGCAAUCCUAAUCCCACAAGGAAUAGACCCAAAAGAGAAGCAGGAAAAAGAUAGAGAUUAUUUGGAACUUGCACUGCCUGAACAAUGGGAAGAUCUUUACCGCUCGCGAGACUCAAUUGUCAACUAUGCGAACCCCGAGUUUUGCGGCAAGUGGAAGGUUCUGCGGAAGCUACUUAAAUGGUGGCAUGCGAAUGGCGACAAAGUUCUUAUCUUUUCGCAUAGCGUGCGUCUCCUCAAGAUGCUACAAAUGCUCUUCCACCACACCAGCUACAACGUCAGCUACCUAGAUGGAUCUAUGAGUCUCGAUGACCGUACAAAAGCCGUGGACGAGUUCAAUGCCGACUCGCGACAGUUUGUUUUCCUAAUAUCAACCAAAGCUGGCGGUGUCGGAUUGAACAUCACCUCGGCAAACAAAGUGGUAGUCGUUGAUCCAAACUGGAACCCGUCCUACGACCUGCAGGCUCAGGAUCGGGCCUACCGCAUAGGUCAACUUCGCGACGUGGAAGUCUUCCGGCUUAUUUCUGCCGGCACGAUCGAAGAAAUCGUCUACGCUCGACAGAUCUACAAGCAGCAACAGGCAAACAUUGGAUACAACGCAAGUUCCGAGCGACGAUACUUCAAAGGCGUGCAAGAAAAGAGUGACCAGAAGGGUGAGAUCUUUGGCCUGAAGAAUUUCUUUGGAUAUCAGAACACGAACAUCGUUUUUCGUGAUAUCGUUAACAGAACCAAUGUCGCCGAAAGUCGUGCGGGGGUGCACGUCGUCGACAUAGAUCUCAAAGCAGACGAAGAAGGCUACGAUUAUGAUCGACCGAUGAAAUUUGAAGAUGAAGCAAUGAGCCAACUCGCGGCGAUGAUCUGCGGCGAAGAUGAGAAAAAAGAUAAGCCUUCGGCUAAUCUGCCAACGCCACAUAAACACGACCCUGUUCAAGCGAUUCUUGCAAGCGCAGGCGUGGAAUACACACAUCUCAAUAAUGAAGUGAUUGGUUCCUCGCGUGUCGAGGAAGACCUCAGUCGUCGUGCUGAACUGGCUCCAAAUGAUACGACGGGUGACCGUCAGGUCUUCAUGUCCUCGCAGCCUUUCUCUCAGCCGGUAGGGGAACCUGUGCGAUUCAAGUAUCAUCCCCCGGAGGGUGUAAUACGUCGUCAGUUUUGUAGUAUGGCGCGACGGUUUGGGUAUACUGAUGCUACGGAAUUCGCACUCGUUGUUGAGGGCAUGACCCAGGCGCAACGGCGAGCUUGUCUCGACAAGUGGUAUCGAGAGAGGAGAGAGAUACUACUUUCUGCGGACCAAAAUACUCCUGGAGAGGAAUGGUCCAAAGACGAAACGGAUCCUAAGGAAGAGAUGGAUGUGAAGGACGAAUGGAUCAAAGAUGAGAAGGGCCCUGAGAGCCAGGAUCUUUGA